CAUGUGUUUUUGACAUUUGACUUUCUGAGUUAAAUUUGUUGUUUACUGUUUCAUAAAACUUCGUUAUUUUAUAAAUCUAAGAUAGACUUAUAUUACGAACUGUUCUUCUUUGGUGUAUAAUAAAAUAACAAGUGCUCUAGAAAAUGUCGUCUUGGAAGAAAGCCGCUAAGGCUAACCAAAAGACUCAUAAAGAAAGACACCAGCCCGAAGCUAGGAAGCACUUAGGAUUGUUAGAAAAGAAGAAGGACUAUAAAAAACGUGCGGAUGACUACCACGAGAAAGGGGCCACACUCAAGUUACUGCGCAAGAGGACAUUGGAUAAGAACCCGGAUGAGUUCUACCAUCACAUGAUCAACUCGAGAGUGAAAAAUGGGGAGCACCAUGAGCUAGAGAAGGAAGAUAAACUCACACCGCAGCAAUUGAAGCUGAUGCAAACGCAGGACCUCAAGUAUGUCAACAUGAAGCGCACUGUUGAGACAAGGCGGAUACAGAGACUGCAGUCUCAGCUGCACAUGACAGAUGUGGCAGACUCAACACCAAACACCCACACAUUUUUCGUGGAUAAAGGGGAAGAGAAGAACUUUGAUAUAGCCAAGAGGCUGGAUACCCAUCCAGCCCUUAUCAACAGGAAGUGUAAUAGACCCCGCCUCUCUGACAUUAACAAGCUCUCUCUGCCAGAAGUAGAGCAGGUUAUACAUUCAACAAAGAAAAUAAAGCAGAAGACCUACAAUGAACUGUCAAAAAGGAUAGAGAGAGAGAAGCAGCUCACUGUGGUUCAGCAAACUAUAGAACUGAAGCGACACUUGCAGAAUACGAAAGUGUUGAAACCAAAGAAGAUUCACGCAGGCACUGCUGAUACGCCGCCAGUAUUCAAAUUCCAAUUUAUGAGGAAAAAAUAAAGCAUAUGAAGUUUAACAUUUAUUUUCUAAU